GCCGACGCGCUGCAAUCGCUCUCGCAGACGCUCAAUGGUGCUCCGUUUACUGUCGCCGACGCUCGCCAGGCCGAGCAAAUGGGCGACGCACUUGCGCCCGACCUGCCGGCUGACCUCAAAGGCUUCGCCUACUGCGCUGGCGACAUCGCUCUCAAGCCGUUCAAGCGCGCCGAGCCAGCCGACUUCAGGGCAUGCUUUGAGUUGCACGUGGUUGGCGCGGCUGCCGCGCUGAGGAGCGUCGAGGCCCCGCUGAAAAAGAAUGGUGGCUCUGUCGUUCUCUUUUCCAGCGUGGCCGUGCAGCAGGGCUUCACCAACCACGCCAUCAUCUCGAGCGCCAAAGGCGCCAUCGAAGGGAUGACUCGCGCGCUUGCUGCCGAAUUUGCUCCCUCCGUUAGGGUCAACGCUAUAGCGCCCUCGAUCUCGCACUCGGCGAUGGCGGCGCCGAUGCUGGGGAAGGAAAGCAUGCGCAACACCCUCGCCAAGUCCCACCCGCUCGGCAGAGUCGGCGAGGCAGACGAUUCGGCCGCGCUCGCGAGCUUUCUGCUCAGCGACGAGGCGGGGUGGGUCACGGGGCAGGUGAUUGGCGUGGACGGAGGGCGCGCCGCCGUGGCCUGAGAAGCGCCGCGGCAGGUCAGUACAGCUCUCUCGAUCAGGCCGCCACAUCCUAAUAGCGUGCAAAGGUGUGUGAAACUUGCACAGUGUCUUAAA